AUGCCAUCUGAGCACUCUCGUUCGUCAUCAGCCUCUUCAGUCACUUCACCUAUACCUACCAUCAAUGUCAAGCUUGUAAAUCCUACAAAGCCUAACGGGUCUUCCCUUCUUGAAACUCCUCUUUCUAGUAGUGUCCGAGGAUCUCAUUCAGAUCUACUUGAAAUAUUUAAUGCUCGUAUAAGUGCAAACGCGAGGGAACAGCGAGACAGAAAUUCUGAUAAACGUGGAAAAAGUCCUUCUGGUAGGCCGAAGAGUCCAUCUAUAAGUGACAAAUUUUUGGAUAGGCCAAAGGGUCAAGACCGGUCAAGAUCACGAAGUCCCGGACCUAAAAGUCCGAAAAAUUCAGGUUCUAACAAUAACAGUAUGAAUAAUAGAGAUUCGUCACGUUCUAAAAGUCCCCGACCCAACCAUAAUAGAGACGGUGGUGAUAAUCUUUCUAGAUCUUCUUCGCAAGACGCUCGUUUAAGCUUAGGUAGUAGUGUAUUACAUCCCUGGAUUGCUCCUUCCCUUGGAAAUGGAAAUAAUAAUGGAAGUAAUGAUCGAAGUUUAAAAAGCUCUAAUAGACUGAGUUUACCUCCGAACUUUGCCGAUUUUAAUAUCAAUACAAUUCGAGAGAAUAAUGAACGAUGGGCCAGACUUAAUCUAACACAAACAACAAUCUCAGAAAAAGAUUCAAAAAAUAUUAUGGGUAAUUUCUCAAAGACUACUCUUAAAGGUACCACUAUACUUCGUCCAAAACUGUCCGUAGAAACUUUUAACAGUUUUGGCGGUAGUAAACCUCUUCAAAGAACUCCGUCAGGACGUUCUUCUGGUAGCGCUAAUAAUUCCUCACCGUUGCUGGUGCCUGGCGGAUUGCCAUUAAUGAGAUCUAGGAGCCACAAUUCGGCGAUGGAUGAUGUUCAUCGAUUGUCACCUAAAUUCCUUAAAGAAUUAGAUAAGCAACAUCCGCUACAACAUUCUUGGACUAUGUAUUAUGAUAGCAAGCCAGUCAUGACUCCUGGUCCUAAAACUCCUACUUUGAAAAAUUCGUAUGAAGAGAAUUUGCAGAAAAUUGGAACUUUCAAUACAGUGGAAACAUUCUGUCGAUAUUUUAAUUGGGUGAAAAAACCUAGCCAAUUAGAACUGAAUACUAAUUUCCAUAUUUUCAAAAAUAAAAUCAAGCCUAUGUGGGAGGAUCCAGCGAAUGCCAAUGGUGGAAAAUGGGUUAUUUCAAUGAGAAAUCCCCAGUUGUUGGAUCGUUGUUGGACUUGGCUUGUGUAUUCGUUGGUCGGUGAAGAACUAGACGAAAAUGAUGAUAUAUGUGGCGCUGUAAUGUCGCGUCGAAGUCGAGGUGACAGAAUUGCUGUAUGGGUAAGAGACAAGGAUAAUGUCUCUGUUAUUAAUGGAAUAGGGAGGCGAUUAUUAAAGAUCCUUGAUCUACAAAAUGAAAAAGGCAUCGGAAUGGACUUCCAGUUUAAUGAAGAUGCCCUCAAAUCCGGUACUUCGUAUAAUAAUCGAGUCUAUUUAUCGCUGGAAAGCCUUAAACAAGAGCUUGAAAAUGAGGAAAAGACUAAAAGAGAAGCCGAAGAAAAAGCAAAAUUGAAAGGAUCUUCUACUACUUCUGUCACUACCACUGAAAAAAUUGAAGAAUCAGAAACCACAGAGUAUACUAGAUCAGCACCAGAUAUUAUAACAGAAGAUGUUGAUGCUGAAGAAGUUCGUAAUAAUAUAGAUGACGAUGCCGACUCUACCGAAAAAAGCUCUUCAUAA